CGCUUUUGUCCGCGCAGUUUCAUAUCGCUCUAGCAUAUAACCCGCUCUUUUCUCACUUGCUCUUUCCUCUCAAUUGCACUAUUUGAAAUGGUCAACCAACGCGUAGUGGAUCUAUGUCACAAAGAAGAGACGGUCACAUCCUACCUCCACAAACACCCGAACAAGGCGCCCCAUAAGAUCCCUCGAAAGCUCUUCCCUAAACCUAACCUAUUCAAGAGGCUCUUCUUCCGUUAUGAGGUCAAGAGGGAGCUACAUCAUGGUCAGGGCGAGCUCACAGAAGAAAUGCUGGACCGGGUAGCAACAUGCGGAAAGUUUCAGAAGCGCCCAAGCGAUCUGUUUCUCAAGAUGUAUGCCGACGUACUCUUGUGUUUAGAGCGAGAUCCAAUGUCAGGCUUGGUCUCUCCUCCCUUGCUCGGAUCUACUGGUGUCAUCCCAUUAUCGAUCAUAUCCGUUAUACCCGACAUCAUGCAGCAUUAUUAUGAUGUUAUCGUCAGAGCAGAGCGUGAGGUUAUUCUGGCCACGAACUAUUGGCAGCCGUCUCGCUCCGUCACCAAGAUCAGGGAGGCUCUCCGCCAGCUGUCAAAGAAUGCAGGAGAGAAAAAGCGCAAAGUUAUCGUCAAGCUUAUGUAUGAUCGUGGCGCCCUUCGGCAGUUUGUUCACAAUCACACCCCUGUACCGGCCGCAGGGUGGAAGGCAGUCGAUCUCCCAGAAGCUGCUGAGAUUCCGAACAUUCAGAUGGAAGUCAUCAAUUUCCACCGUCCCCUGCUCGGAACAUUUCAUUCGAAGUACCUUAUCGUUGACCGGAAGGUUGCGCUUUUGAACAGUAACAAUAUCCAAGACAGACCUAACAUGGAAAUGAUGGUCCACCUUGAAGGGCCAGUUGUUGACUCCCUCUUUGACAUGGCAAUGUUAUCCUGGAACAACGCACUCAGACCACCGCUACCAUCGUUACUAAAGCAGAUUGGAGACGCGUCCUUACCUGCCCCCGCGAGGCGGUAUCUGUUCGGGAAGAAGAAUCCAUAUAUCGCCUGUAAAGACAUUGAAGGAGCGUCACGACGAGCACGAGGCGAUCUAAGGCGGCAACACACUGAACUACUGGAGGAGCUUGAACGCGAGCGUCAGCAACGAAUGCAUAAUCGCGGUGCAGAGCUCUGGGACACCGUCCGAGAAGCAUUCCACGUUAACGCUUCUCCGACCGAUCCGACUAUGGCUCCACGCUCACGGGGAGCAGAUUUGUGGGACUCCGUACGUGAAGCAUUCCAACAGAGCCCAGUCACCGCAGAGCCGUCGAGAGGAUGGAAUAUGCGGGAUACACUACUACGAAGGAAUCCCUCGGAGGAGCGCAUGCCUUCACGGGGAUUCACUUGGUCGUGGUCUCGUGACCCAACAGCAGCUGGCCCGAGGCGGCCUGCCACUCUUCAUCAUGUCAACAUGCCAACCGAACCACUUGUCCUGAACAAUUUGGAUGCGCCUAUGGUGGACAGUCCAACCGAAAUGCGUUCCCGAGCCCACAGCCUGCAUGAAAACCAGAGAAAUGCAACUGAGAAGACACCUGCUCUGGAGGGAAGCACGGCGGCAGUGCCCCACACUCAAAAUGGAUCUCCCACUAGCUUAUCUCCCUCUCCCGAGAAACUCGUGCCUCUUAGAUCUGACGGUGCUGCCAAUAUCAAGACUAUCUCAGAUCCAGGUCCGGCCAGGUUUGCCACCACUGAAGUCUUAUCCAACAUCCCUGGUGGCCAUGUCGAUGCGGUCAUGCUCCAUGAUUCACCUGAUCAUGCUACAGGAGAAAAUUCGGCUCUACAUGUCUCAGUGCAGAAUCCCCACGACUCCCACCUCACCUCCAGAGCAAAUUCUUUCGACUCUGUACUAGUUAGACAUACCUCGUUAGCGAAGGUAGCUGCCCACUUAAACCUCGGGAAUAAUUGUGAGGUGGAUCCGACUGCCACUGAAUUAGAUGGAGACUUCAAGCCCCAUAUCCUGCACAAGCCUCAUGACCCCGUACCGAUUGCCAUGGUGAGCCGUCGUCCGCAUGGCGCCCCUGGACAUAAAGACAUCCGCACGCCCCAAAAUGCUGCAUGGCUGGGAGCAUUUCGCUAUGCUCAACGGAAAGUGAUCAUCCAGACGCCAACGUUCAACGCCGCUCCGGUCGUUGCGGCCGCACUGUCUGCGUGCCGCAGAGGUGUCGAGGUUGUUCUUUUUCUGGAUUUGGGCUUCAACGACCAAGGAGAGAUGAUUCCAGGCCAGGGCGGAACAAAUGAGCAAGUUGUAUUCAAAAUGUAUCGCAUAUUGAAGGAAGAGGGCCAAACCCAUGAGAAGAACCUCAAGGUAUAUUGGUACACCGGAAAGGAUCAGAUCAAGCCGAUGAAUGCAAGAGUCAAGCAACGCAACUGCCACGUGAAGUUUUGUGCGGUCGAUGAUCAAGUCGGGAUUGUGGGAAAUGGAAAUCAAGACACACAGUCUUGGUUCCAUAGUCAGGAGAUCAACAUCAUGGUCGAUUCUCCUGCCAUUGUCGAAGAGUGGCUCAACGGGCUAGAUACUAAUCAAAAUACCCUCGCAUUUGGCCUGGUUGAUGACGACGGCAUAUGGAGAUACAGAGACGGAGAAAAGAAAGGACAGCCACUUGAGGAUCUUGGCGGCCUCAAAAGUGGUCUCUUCACCAGUCUCCGUGAAGCAAUACGAAUGGUUCAGAAGGCGAGAGGUUAGGUGCCAAAUCUUCAUCCGGUGUAUCUUUUCAUUCUACUUAUAUCCGUCGACUGGCACAUACACACACACACACCCCUACACUGCAU